UGAUUCUCAAGUCAUGGUCAAACUGGGAUCCUGACCGUCUCGCCGACCGUUUUGAACGCGUCCUGCGCAUGGGCAUCGGAUCUCAGCCAACUGAAGGCCCUCUUUGACUCGCCCUACACUGGGGCUGUCGUCACUCGCACAUCGACAUUGGAAGGAUUCGAAGAGGACGCGUCGCAUACAGUCCGCUUCACGGCUACAUCUACAUCCACCUUGAACUCGUACGGUUAUAGUCCGCACAAACUGAGCCAGUACCUCUCAUGGAUCGAGACUAUCUUGACAAUGCGCCUCCGACGAGCUCGAAACCGUUCCUCGUCAGCAUCAGCGCAUCGGAAGACGUCGAGAUGCGGGUGUGUACGCGCCAUCCAAGAUCUUCGAGCCAAAUCACCUACAUUCGCGCGCAUCGGCAUCGAGUUCAACACGUCGUGCCCCAACAUCCGGGGGCACGCGCCGACCGGUUACGCCCUGUCCAGCGUCGCGUCGCUCCUCGGGGUCCUGCGCGACGCAUACCUGGCAGAUCGCACACUCACGAUCGGUCUCAAGCUCCCUCCGUAUGUCUACGCCGCGCAGUUCGCGAGGUCGUGCAGGCGCUGCGGGACCUCGGCGCUCCGGGUGCAGCAUCACCCAUCGCGUACAUCGCGUGCACGAAUACCCUGGGGAGCUCGCUUCUCUUUGCAGAGCAAGUGUACGGGGCCGGGGCGGGGAUUUGCAGUGCCCACUGCGCUGGGUGGGUUGGCUGGGGAUGCAUUGCACCCGCUGGCGCUGGGCAACGUGCAUUCGUUUGCGCGACUCCUCAGGGCCGAGUCUGUCGACUCCCCGCUGCGAGAUCUGCUGAUUGUCGGUCUUGGCGGUGUGACGAGCGCCGCGGCUGCUCAACGCAUGCGGAAUGCGGGAGCGUCCUUCGUCGCCAGCGCCACUCUCUUCGGCAAGGAAGGCGUCGACGCGUUCAGGAUCAUUGGCAACAACGAGGAGAAAGUUGAUUGACUGAUUUGAGAUGCAUAUGUAUGAAUACAAUGUAUGUACGAGAGGUAAAGCUACAAAGCAAGACAUGCGAAUAAGAUUAAGGUGCCCAGUGGGAGCACUCAGACGAAUCGGCGAAAAUGAUCAGAAGGGAGACUGGCCCAGGAAUGAAGUAGCGAAGUAGGUGUCUGCGAAACCGUCCGGAGUAAAAAGAGCACUGUUCAAGUCCACGGAAAGAGAAGAAACAGAGGAAAGAAAAGGCAUGUCGGUAGGAGUCUCGUAGUCCGACUCGAAGAGAGGUGCCAGCUCCGAAGGACUAGGACCAUAAGACGACAUGCACGAGUCGGCCAGCGACGACCACCGCGAGAAAGAAGGAGGGGAAGGCGGAGUAACCGGGUCCGAUGCGGGGACACUGCACGGUUCAAUCGUCGCCUGAGGAGCACCCAUCGUCUGCUUCUGCUGUUGGUCGAACUUCUGGAUCUCCGAUUGGAGAAGCUGCCCACUCAUCCCAUCGGAAACGAGAUUGGAUAACUGCACGCAGCGAGCCUCGUCCUCUGGGCCGUUGCGGCGGACAUGACGCUUGGCCGGCUUUUUGGUGCGCGCCUGGGGGCGGAAGCGAUACUCGGGGUACUUGCGCUGGUGUUCCUCCUUCUCCUGGGCGGCCAGGAGCUUGAACUGCGCCUUCUCGAGUGGGUCCAUCUUCUCCCACACCAUCGCGAUCGUACGGCUGAGGUGGCGGUUGUCCAUC